AUGCCCUCCUGGGCCCUCUUCAUGAUCACCUCCUGCCUCCUCCUGGCCCCUCAAAACCUGGCCCAAGUCAGCAGCCAAGAUGUCUCCUUGCUGGCAUCAGACUCAGAGCCCCUGAAGUGUUUCUCCCGAACAUUUGAGGACCUCACUUGCUUCUGGGAUGAGGAAGAGGCAGCGCCCAGUGGGACAUACCAGCUGCUGUAUGCCUACCCGCGGGAGAAGCCCCGUGCUUGCCCCCUGAGUUCCCAGAGUGUGCCCCACUUUGGAACCCGAUACGUGUGCCAGUUUCCAGACCAGGAGGAAGUGCGUCUCUUCUUUCCGCUGCACCUCUGGGUGAAGAAUGUGGUCCUAAACCAGACUCGGACUCAGCGAGUCCUCUUUGUGGACAGUGUAGGCCUGCCGGCUCCCCCCAGUAUCAUCAAGGCCAUGGGUGGGAGCCAGCCAGGGGAACUUCAGAUCAGCUGGGAGGAGCCAGCUCCAGAAAUCAGUGAUUUCCUGAGGUAUGAACUCCGCUAUGGCCCCAGAAAUCCCAAGAACUCCACUGGUCCCACGGUCAUACAGCUGAUCGCCACAGAAACCUGCUGCCCUGCUCUGCAGAGGCCACACUCAGCCUCUGCUCUGGACCAGUCUCCAUGUGCUCAGCCCACAAUGCCCUGGCAAGAUGGACCAAAGCAGACCUCCCCAAGUAGAGAAGCUUCAGCUCUGACAGCAGUGGGUGGAAGCUGCCUCAUCUCAGGACUCCAGCCUGGCAACUCCUACUGGCUGCAGCUGCGCAGCGAACCUGAUGGGAUCUCCCUCAGUGGCUCCUGGGGAUCCUGGUCCCUCCCUGUGACUGUGGACCUGCCUGGAGAUGCAGUGGCAAUUGGACUGCAAUGCUUUACCUUGGACCUUAAGAAUGUUACCUGUCAAUGGCAGCAACAGGACCAUGCUAGCUCCCAAGGCUUCUUCUACCACAGCAGGGCACGGUGCUGCCCCAGAGACAGGUACCCCAUCUGGGAGAACUGCGAAGAGGAAGAGAAAACAAAUCCAGGAUUACAGACCCCACAGUUCUCUCGCUGCCACUUCAAGUCACGAAAUGACAGCAUUAUUCACAUCCUUGUGGAGGUGACCACAGCCCCGGGUGCUGUUCACAGCUACCUGGGCUCCCCUUUCUGGAUCCACCAGGCUGUGCGCCUCCCCACCCCAAACUUGCACUGGAGGGAGAUCUCCAGCGGGCAUCUGGAAUUGGAGUGGCAGCACCCAUCGUCCUGGGCAGCCCAAGAGACCUGCUAUCAACUCCGAUACACAGGAGAAGGCCAUCAGGACUGGAAGGUGCUGGAGCCGCCUCUCGGGGCCCGAGGAGGGACCCUGGAGCUGCGCCCGCGAUCUCGCUACCGUUUACAGCUGCGCGCCAGGCUCAACGGCCCCACCUACCAAGGUCCCUGGAGCUCGUGGUCGGACCCAGCUAGGGUGGAGACAGCCACCGAGACCGCCUGGAUCUCCUUGGUGACGGCUCUGCAUCUAGUGCUGGGCCUCAGCGCCGUCCUGGGCCUGCUGCUGCUGAGGUGGCAGUUUCCUGCACACUACAGGAGACUGAGGCAUGCCCUGUGGCCCUCACUUCCAGACCUGCACCGGGUCCUAGGCCAGUACCUCAGGGACACUGCAGCCCUGAGUCCGCCCAAGGCCACAGUCUCAGAUACCUGUGAAGAAGUGGAACCCAGCCUCCUUGAAAUCCUCCCCAAGUCCUCAGAGAGGACUCCUUUGCCCCUGUGUUCCUCCCAGGCCCAGAUGGACUACCGAAGAUUGCAGCCUUCUUGCCUGGGGACCAUGCCUCUGUCUGUGUGCCCACCCAUGGCUGAGUCAGGAUCCUGCUGUACCACCCACAUUGCCAACCAUUCCUACCUACCACUAAGCUAUUGGCAGCAGCCUUGAGGACAGGCUCCUCACUCCCAGUUCCCUGGACAGAGCUAAACUCUCGAGACUUCCCUGUGAACUUCCCUACCUUACCCCCACAACACAAGCACCCUAGACCUCACCUCCAUCCCCCUCUGUCUGCCCUCACAAUUAGGCUUCAUAGCACUGAUCUUACUCUACUGCUGCUGACAUAAAACCAGGACCCUUUCUCCACAAGCAGACUCAUUUCACUAAGCUCCUUCUUUACUUUCUCUCUCCUCUUUGAUGUCAAACGCCUUGAAAACAAGCCUCCACUUCCCCACACUUCCCAUUUACUCUUGAGACUAUUUCAAUUAGUUCCCCUACACUUUGCUAGUGAAACUGCCCAGGCAAAGUGCACCUCAAAUCUUCUAAUUACAAGAUCCAAUAGGAUCUCGUUAAUCAUCAGUUCCUUUGAUCUCUCUGUGAGAUUUGUCAAGGCUGACUACUCACUUCUCCUUUAAAUUCUUUCCUACCUUGGUCCUGCCUCUUUGAGUACAUUAGUAGGUUUUUUUUAUUUGUUUGAGACAGGGUCUCGCUCUGUCACCCAGGCUGCAGUGCAAUGGCGCGAUCUCAGCUCACUGCAACCUCCACCACCGGGUUCAAGCGAUUCUUGUGCCUCGGCCUCCCUAGUAGCUGGGAUUACAGGCACACACCACCACACACAGCUAAUUUUUUUUUUUUUUUUUUUUUUUGAGAUGGAGUCUUGCUCUGUCGCCAGACUGGAGUGCAGUGGCAUGAUCUCGGCUCACCGCAACCUCCGCCUCCUGGGUUCAAGCAAUUCUGCCUCAGCCUCCCAAGCAGCUGGGAGUACAGGCGUCUGCCACCACACCUGACUAAUUUUUUUGUAUUUUUAGUAGAGACGGGUUUUCACCACGUUGGCCAGGAAGGUCUCGAUAUCCUGACCUUGUGAUCCGCCUGCCUCGGCCUCCCAAAGUACUGGGAUUACAGGGUGUGACCCACUGCGCACAGCCCCAGCUAAUUUGCAUAUUUUUAAUAGAGACAGGGUUUUGCCAUGUUGCCCAGGCUGGUCUUGAACUCCUAACCUGGGGUGAUCCACCCACCUUGGCCUCCCAAAGUGAUGGGAUUACAGGCAUGAGCCACUGCACCCGGCUGAGUGUACUAGUAGUUAAGAGAAUAAACUAGAUCUAGAAUCAGAGCUGGAUUCAAUUCCUGUCCUUCACAUUUGCUAGCUGUGCAACCUUGGGCACAUAACUUAAUGUCUUUGAGCCUUAGUUUUUUCAUCUGUAAAACAGGGAUAAUAACAGCACCCCAUAGAGUUGUGACGAGCAUUGAGAUAAUCUAAGUAAAGCACAGUCCCUAGGACAUAGUAAAUGAUUAAUAUAUCCGAACUACUGUUGUAAUUAUUCCUUCUUACUCUCCUCUUCUAGCAUUUCUUCCAAUUAUUACAGUCCUUCAAGAUUCUAUUUCUUAACAGAGUCUCCAAUCCCAUCUAUUCUCUGCCUUUACUGUAUAUUGACCAUUGCAAAGUUCUUAUCUCUAGCUCAGACAUCUACUACAGCACUGUGAUGCUUUAUGCAACUAACUGUUUACAUAUCUGUCCCCUGCUACUAGAUUGUGAGCUCCUUGAGGGAAAGGACCCUAACUGUUUACAUGUCUGUCCCCUGCUACUAGAUUGUGAGCUCCUUGAGGGAAAGGACCAUGAUUUAUUUGUCCUUUUCCCCCAGCACCUAUAGUAGUGCUUGGUGCAUGAUAGUAGGCCUUCAAUAAAUUUUUUCUAAAUGAAUGAAA